UUUUAAGCAUUGUCCUGUAACGUGACGGACGGGAGGGUUUUCGCUUUCUUUUUCAAAUUUAUCAUACUUACCGUGCUUGGUUUAAGUUAGCGAAAGUGAAGUUUUUUAAGUGAUUGUCUAUAAAUAACUCGUUGGAGUUUGUAGAAGAGGUUUAUGUUUUUAUCAACUUAUAUAUACGUAGGCAUACUUGUAAUUAAAUUUAAAAAUAUGUAAUUCUUUUCGGUGAGAUGUUUAUUUAUAAAUUAUAUAAUGAGAUUAUUUUAAAUGUGUAACAUUUUAUUUGUAUUUGGUGAUGUAAUGACGCAUUUGCUACACGUGUCGAACUUCUGAUGACAUCACACAGGUAAGCGUGCGUAAUGAUAGCGUGGAAAAAUUGCAUGCGAGAUGUAUAUACGUGUAUGAAAUUAUUAGAAAAAAACAGUAAUUAGUAUGUAGAUAAUUUCAAAAUUUUCCUCUAUUUUCUAAAUUAUUACGGGUAAAUUUUAUCGACCGCAAUCGGGAAAAACCUAGGUUGACUUCGGAAAGAAGCUAUUUUUAAACGCAGUCAUUUGGUCAACCCGAUCUGGCCACCCCGAGCUGUGUAAUUCGUAUAGUCCGCAUAUAACGCGGUCAAUGCCUUUAUCGGUAUAAUUCUUAAACAGGCACUGGAGGAGGGGCUGCUGUGCUAAUUGCCUUGGCCUCUUUUACCAUUCCCUGACCUGGUUCCGGCCCCUUCGCUCUCCCCGGCGUAAUUUGGGACACCCCUUUCACUGUAAGAGUGUCUAGCUCUGAAUGCCCGGAUAUGGCUGUCUCCACCUUAUCGAGAGAUAUGGUCAAAGCCGCAGCAUAGUCGUGUUCUUUAGUGGCUUUUAUACACGUGGACUGCAGGAUUUCGAUCGAAUUUUGUUGCCGAUUUGCUGUAACGUCGUGUGUGUAUGUGUGUGCGCGAGUGUGUAGGACAAACACGUGCCGUCGCUUGACCUUGACUCGACGUUCUCUUGCUCGUGUAGUGAAGAGAACGGAUGUUGUCUGACAGUAUAUUGUAGGGUUUGUCCCGUUAUUCACAGGUGCAUCCAUGGCACUCAUAGACAAGUUGAUGUCGCGGUUAAACUACUCUCCAGAUGCGAACAUCAUGAUGGUCACUGAAAACGAACCUCAAGCCAAAAAGUGUCGUCUUCGUGCUGAAUACGAUUUAGAGCUCAGCAUGCCACCUCAAUCAAUUAGUCCAGGAGCAAUAUCUCCUAAUCUAGUAGCAUCUAAUUGGCCCGGAGCUAAGUCUUCGAUGAGUCAAAUGAACGUCGAUUUUUCAAAUCGUUUAAAUUCUAAAGACUUAUUUCCAUCAAGGAAACAAAGAGAAUUUAUACCAGAGGCAAAGAAGGAUGAAAGUUAUUGGGAUAGACGAAGAAGAAAUAACGAAGCUGCCAAGAGAUCAAGAGAGAAACGCAGGAUGAACGAUAUGGUUCUAGAAACCCGAGUAUUGGAAUUGAGUAAAGAAAACGCUCUCUUGAGAGCAGAAUUGGCCACUUUAAAAGAUAAGUUUGGGUUAAACGAUAGAACUGUAAUCGUUUCAAAUCACCAAAUACCAAUUUCUCUUACUCCGGAAUUUCGUAGUAGGCGGUCAAAACUCUUGACAACAUUAAUGCCGAACGUUGUUGGUUCUCCGACAUCGGGACCUCCGGCUCUUUUGGAUCCAGAAGGCAUACCAGUUUUACAAGUCAGUACUCCAAUGCAUCACCAGCAACAGCAACAACACCACCACCACCACCAUCACCACCAGCAGCAGCAGCAGCAGCAACAACAACAACAACAACAACAACAACAAAUUCACCAAGAAGCAACAGAUAAGGAUUCUCAGAAUAAUCGCCGAAGUCCGUCAACGGUGACCACACAAGGUCGUGGUGAGUCUCAUUCAGAUCAAGAAUCGGGAGGAUCCUCUGGUUCGUGGUCUUCGACGGACGAUAGUGGCUACCAUGGCAAAUCACCUUAUAGUUCCAUCCCACAUAAGUUAAGACAUAAAUCUCAUCUGGGUUCCGAUAAUUCACCCGAACAUGGACAAGCAAAUAAUGAAGUAAGUCCAGAAAUUCAAGAGGAGAGAAAGCCAAGUCCUCCAGCAUCGGUUCAGCAGCAGUCAUAUAGUCAUCGAGAUAUACAGGCUGAAAACUUUCAGUUGCGAUCUGAUUUAGAACGUUUAGCUUCAGAAGUAGCGAGUUUGAAAGAUUUGUUAAUUCACCAAUGCUCAAAUAUUAGCGAUCAUGAUAGUCGAGUUCAACCAAAUGCCUCAACACCAUCGUCAUCAUCCGAUGACGGUCAGAACUAAUGUUACUUCAUAAAGUUAAAAAAACAUCUGCAUCCUUCGUCCUCGUGGUGUAUAUAGAGUUUAAACUAAGUUAAAUCGCGCUUCCGAAACUUGUUUCCUUUUAAUUUCGAAACAAUUUUGAUCUCAAAAAAAUUCCCACAUUCAUCGCUUAAAUUUUCAGAAAAUUACCACAUUACUUGGUAAAUUUUAAUCCUCUGAAUUUGACAGUGUGAGGCAUUUCAAUUGAGCAUUUAAAUGCACUCAUUUGCAGUAGCAUCUUUUGUCACUAAUUACCUGUUGUUCCAUUAUUCAAAUGUUUAUACACUUUCCUUUGUACAUUAAUGUUCAUGGAGUGAAAUCACCUUCUGAACAAUUAAAUGAAGUUAUCUCCUAAAUUAUCAUAGUUUAUCAAUUCAAAAUCCUGAUAAAUUGUAGCCACGUUAUACAUUGUGUCUAGAAAAUAAGUUAUUCCUGUGAAAUCAUUGCAUAAUUGUCUUAAUAAUAAAAUUAAAAUCCAACAUAUCUUCAUUUUUCAUUCAAGUACAAACUGUACGGAGUUGUCGUUCGGCGACGAAGUUGUUACAUUAAUCAAUGAGGGACCCGAAAAAUCAUGUCUAUUUUGCUCAAAAAAAUAAAAAUAUAUAUUUACGUUUUUACGUAAUAAAUAUUAAUAUAAAAUAGCAAGAAAAAAACAACAAAAAAAUUUGUAAACUCCAAGUCAGCAGUAAAAAUAUUAAGUUGUAAGUUCCUGUAUACUGCAUCAAAAUACAUCAGCUUUAUUUAUGUCAAACAUAAAUUUGUAAUUAAAAAUUAUUUGCUUAAUUGAAUGA